CGGACGGCUCAGACGGACGGAAGCAGACCGUUUCAAUGGUAGAACUCUCCAACAUUUCCACUCACUUGUUGCCGUGAGCAUGAAUGAAGUCACACUCGCCACACACUAGCGUACAACUCCAGACGCAACGCAAACGACAAUUUUCGUCCUGAACAACGCAUUUUGAGUGUUUCGCCGAGCGAGUCGACUUGUCAUGGACGAAGGUGGCUCCGCGUUGCCCGAUUUGAAGGAGCUGGAGACCAAAUUGGGUCGCAAAGUUCCCGAAAGUCUCGUUCGCUCGCUCGUGGGAAGCAGACACGACAAGGCGACCCCCACGUCGGCACGUUCCGGACACAAUUCCGCGGACUUUGAACGACUGGAGGGCAAACUCCUUUUCCUCAAACAAGAAAUGGCGAACCUGCGCGCCAUCGACGUGGACCUGAUGCAGCAGCUCAUGUCCAUCAACGAGGGCAUCGAAUCCAUCCGCUGGGUGAUGGACGACAAAGGCGACACGGUCAGCCAAGACGGCAGCCUGACGGGCAGCCUGUACAGCCUGUCGGACAGCCAGGACGGCGCCUCGCUGCCGGGUAGCCUCAGCAGCCUGAACGACGCCAACAGCGACGAACUGGACGCGUUGUCGGUGGGCAGCUACCUGGACACGCUCUCUGAGGACCUCCGGGAAGACCUUUCGCCAACCAACCUGGACUGCUUUGUUGAUAAAUCCGUAAUAGACGGCGACGCCUUCUGCAAAUCGCCGGUGAAACUGAGCGUGCAAUCGGAUGAAUACUACUGCUUUGGAUAAGGAUGAUUUUUAGAGGCCAUAGUUGCCAUUUUGUGUGUGUGUGUGUGGUCGCGAAUUAACAUCGCUGACUCACCCGUGUGACUUUUAGUUUUACUUUGAAACUAGCCACACCUCAGCAAACUACUUGCGGUCACACCCUUACUUGGUUUUUGUUGGUUGGUUAACAUUUGCAGCUGCGUCUUCUGGUUCUGUUGGGUGCAAACGUCAUAUUUAUUGACCGCCAUUUUUUUUAUUUAUUUACCUUCGAAAUUGUUGUCGUUACUAGUUUGUACACUGGGGUGGUACCCUCGGACAUCUGGAACCUUGACUGUUACGGCUUGGUGACAUACUUGGAUCCUUUUAGGGACAACGCCUUGGAGUUUUUGUGGGUAUCUUGACAAAAACAAAACAAAGAAACAGCCCUUUAAGGUACAGGGGCUUGUUUUUGGUUGGUAGGUUCAAAUGUACUUUUGUAGCCUUAAUACUUGACUUUUAGAGCCUGGAAACAUACAGUACCCGAAACAGUACCUUGGAGUCCUUUAUUUCGAUUUGGUCAAGUAUGUGAUGUGACUCGAGCCUGAUUUUUCGGACCCAAACCCAGCAUGGUACCUUAUGAGGGCUACAAUGGCUUGUCACUCAGGUGGUACCAUCAGAGUUCUGACUUUCGGACCCUUGACAGUUGGCUUUUGCAAACAGGCUCGCAAACGGUACAUUUUCGGGUCCAAUGAUGAGUCCUAAACGGGAGAAAAUUGACAUAAUUUUCCGAGACACUUUAAAUGAUUGACUUUUAAGCAGUUUGAUGCCUUGUCACUAGUGUGGUACCGUCAUAGUUUGGAUUUUUGGAUUAGUAGGCCACUCUUGACUCUUAUGGUUUGGCAGGAUACGUUUUAUCUUUCCAAGCUCAGAGAAAUGGUACCUCAAAAUUCUUUUUUUUUUUUUUAAAGUCCAAAGCCAUUUAAAUGUUACUGUGUUUUCUGACGCACCCUCGGUAAAAUAUUUCUUCGUACAUUUUAAAACGGUACCUUCGCAUCUGCUACUUUUGUAGCAUCAACGCUCGACAUUUCCAAUUUGGGAUUUUGCCCGUGUCCUUUGAGUCGCUGUAAAAAAAGUGACAAAAGCCAUGACUUGGGCGUGCAAUAAAUACCCCAAUGCACUACUGUAGAUUUGUGAGGUGUAGAAGUGGGUGCACUCGACUUCUCGCCCUCAGACGACAACCGUAAAGAAGAAGAUUAGGAUUGAACAGCCAUUUGCACAAUUUGGACGCCGCAUGUGGAGUGAUUGGAGACGCUUCAACUUUUUUUUUCUUCCGUAAAUCCGAAUCGAGAACACAACGACCGGCGGAGUCUUAAACAAAGAACCAAAGAUGAGUUGCACAUUUGAAGCACGUUCGGGAUGCGUGACUGAAAACCAAAGAUUGUCUCGUCGAUAACGUGAGCUCAGAGCUCUCGGGGGGGUGGUUGUUGACGGCGGCCUCGUGUCAAACACGGCCGAUUCGUCGGCGCGUUUCCAAAUGUCCUUUUUUGUUAACGAUCUGUACAUACACGUUGUUGUGUUUUAGCUCGUGUCAGACGCUGCUUUGUUUUUUUGUACUCUGUACUGAUUGGUGAUGCUGUUCAGCAAAUGACAUGAUAAUAUAUUGUGAUUUCGUACACAA